CAAAAGCACUGCAGUCUGCAGCCAUUUCUACAGGUGAAUAUUGUUUCAGUGACAGUAGAGAUUACUGGGAUCGAUCGCCAAGUGCCGAGUCUUUCAAGUAGUAAGAUCACCAUUUUUUUCCAUCUCUCUUUAGCCUUUACUUACUGUAUUUUCUUUGUAACUUUAUUCUCGUGGAAAAGAAGAUAUCAAAUCAAAGCUUUCCGCCACGAUGAAACCGCGGCUGAUAAAGUCUUGCUCAAGUGUUCUAUGGCGGCCCAUUUGUUUUCUCUUCGUUCUGGGCCUUUCGUGCUACAUGAUCUCAAUGUUGUUUAAGAUGACGAAAAGAAUCGAACAUCGUAUACUGUUCGAAUCACAUGAAGCACUCAACAGAUCCUUUUCGAGCAUCGACUCCACCUCAAAGUUGCUGACUCCAUUGAAUCCAUCAGCAGUUAACCUGGCAAGAUCUCUAACUUCGUCACUUAAUGGAACCGAGCUCAAUUUCACUACCAUCCAAACAACGGUUGUGCCAACGUUGUUUCUAGCUCUUUCGACGAUUCCACAUAUCUCACAGGUCUCUUAUAUAGGAUUAGAUGGCCUUUUAUUCUCACUUAACAACUACGCGGAUCAAACUUAUGCUGUCUUCUCCAAUGCUUCAUUUUCUUCAAAUUGGUACACUAAACCCGUAAAUAGAGACACCGGGAAAUUAUAUGGCACCGCAGUUGCUUCAGAUUCUAAGGUGAUAGUAAAUGCAAGUUGGUUCCAAGCCGCCUUAAACAGCACGAGCGCUUAUUUAUAA